GUUACCAGUUGUGAUCUUGUGAUACACUAGUCUACUACCGAUAUCAAAAAUGAAGUGCUUCGUCAUCGCAGUUUUGUCAUUCGCGGCAGUCGCCACCGCCAAGCCUUACCUAGGCGCUGGGCUUGGAGGAAUCGGCUUGGGAGGCGUCGGCCUUGGCGGACUCGGUGGCGGUAUUGGACUAGGGGGUCUAGGCGGUGGCCUUGGAGUCGGCCUAGGCUCGGGUCUCGGCGGAGUGGGUCAAAGCUUCGGAUCAGGCAGUGGUUACGGCCAGUCAGGCUACGCUGGUGGAAGCAAUGGUUACGGCGACAGCGGCUUCGGAGGCAGUGCAGUGAACGUGGGCCAUGAUAUUGGUCACCAGGAGAGCGACUACAGCCAGGCAGUCCACAGCCACCAAUCUUCUGGCCAUGAUGUUGGAGGAGUCAUGCAGGCUGGGCAAGGAGGACACAGCCUCUAUGGACAGAACAACUACGGAGCUGGACAGCAAGGUUACGGCCAAGGGUACAACCACGGAGGAUUCUUAGGAUAUUAAUUUAAAUGUUUGUUGUUAUCUCACCAGUUUUGUAUUCUUAUGCUGUGUACAUCAAAUAAAUCUUCAGUUUAAUUAAAUUAAUGCAAAUCUA